UUAAAACAGAAGUCCUAACCGCCCUGUUGUAGAAAAGGGCGCUAAAUUCAAACCUGAACUCAAAAAAACUCUUCAGCUCCCGGAAAAGUCACCACCCCUUCUUUUGAGUUUGCAACCAAUCACAUUGAAAUACUCCCUCACGUCACUUGGUUCACAGUUGAACAUUCUCAAACAAAAGGAUUGUUUGGUAUUAAUUUGCAUACAUGCUGUAUAAAUAGAUGGGCGGUGGCGCUAGUAUAUCAUUCGUUAUUAAACUGCAUCAGAGGAGGAAACAUGCCAGAACCGAAAGCUGCACCAGCGCCGAAGAAAGGCUCCAAGAAGGCUGUUGCCAAAACACAGCCUAAGGGAGGAAAGAAGCGCAGAAAGACUAGGAAGGAGAGCUACGCUAUCUACGUGUACAAAGUGCUGAAACAGGUACACCCCGACACCGGCAUCUCUUCCAAGGCGAUGGGCAUCAUGAACUCCUUCGUCAACGAUAUUUUCGAGCGCAUCGCCGGGGAGUCGUGCCGCUUGGCUCACUACAACAAGCGCUCCACCAUCACUUCCCGGGAGAUUCAGACAGCUGUGCGCCUCCUGCUGCCCGGAGAGCUGGCCAAGCACGCCGUGUCUGAGGGCACCAAGGCCGUCACCAAGUACACCAGCUCCAAGUAAACCGAGACCGUCCCUGCUCCGUCUUUACAACACAAAGGCUCUUCUAAGAGCCACCCACAUUUUCAUUUAAAGAGCUUUGAAUUGUAAAACAUCUACGACACCAUCAAAAUAUUUGUUUUAAAGAUUAUAAGCCAGUUUUUAUUAGGAAUGUUUUGUACAGCUGUCAAUUAUUUUUAUUUUUUUGUAAUGGUUUAGACUUAUUUCACGCUAUAUAAGUCGACGUUUUUCUAUCCCUAACACAG